CAGCGUCGCAUCGCCAGCCGAGCGUGUCUGCCGCGCCGCAUCUGCCGCGCCGCAUCUGCCGCGCCGCAUCUGCCGCGCCGCAUCGCCGUCGUCUUCUCGCGAGCGCCUCAUCACCAGCUGCGGUGCAUCAGCAUCGUCGCAUCGGCCGCGUCGCUCGCCGCGUCGCGCAGGCAUCGCGCGCGGCCGCGGCUGAGCAAUGAUCAAGACCGAGCCCGGCGCGGCGUCGUCCUCCACACCGGCGCCCGGCGCCGCUUCGUCGUCGUCAUCGUCGUCGACGUCAGCAGCGGCACUCGAGGAGCACGCACGCUCCGCUCGUCUGCAGGACAUUCUGCAGAAGAUCAAGGUCGAACCGCGCUCGACGGAUCUCAUCGAGGAGCUCAUCCUCGAGGCGCUCGAUCACACAGCGCACGUCAAGCAUCCGCUCUGCGCUCGCUCUGCGGACAAUGACGAGGCGCGCAAGCUGCACCGCGAGGUGCAGACGUGCAUGCUGCGCGUGCGCAGCUUCCGGCCCAUCGAGCAGAUCGUCGAGUGGCUCAGCAGAGUUGAGCGCGCGGUGCUCGGCUGCACGGAAUGCGCUGAUGGAUACGCGGUAGCGCGUGGAGAGAUCCACAGCCGCUAUCUGCACGUAUAUCCGCCGGCGUCACACGCCAAGUUCGACGCAUCGAUGGCGACGUGGGAGAGCGACGUCUGCAUCUCGCUGCUCGUGCGGCGCAACGUCACGCCAGGCGGCGGCCUCGGCAUGCUGCCGCAAGCGGAGCUCUACUUCUGCACGCACGCGCUCGGCUCGCUCCUCGGCGCGCCAGGGACACGGCCAGCGAAGGACACGCUCCUCGAGCACUUCGGCUCUGCGAUGACGCGGCAUGCGCUGCUGCGCAACGUCUCGCCCGGCCUGCUGGCGCUUGCGCUGCUGCCGGGCAAGGCAGAGACCGUGCAGCCUGGCUCGGCGCUCUCUCCCCGUGACUGGGCGCGCGAGCAGCUCUCCGCUCUGCGCCUGCGCCCGGUGCCCGAGGAAUUUGCGAGCACGCCGCUUCUGCAGCUGCUCGUCGACUUUGGGCGCACUGCGAGCGAGGACGACAAGGCGCUGCUGCGCAAAUGGGGCCCGCCGUCAUGCGCUCGCGCGCUGCGGCCUGCGGCAACGGCUGUCAAGCGCGAGCCAGGCCCGCCUGACGCGUCUAUCUCGAGCGGCAGCGCCGCCGUCGCCUCGAGCAGCACCUCCACCACCACAGCUGCGCAUCCCGUCGCUUCGAGCAGCCGCAACGGCAGCAGCAGCAGCAGCAUCGCCAUCGCUGCGCACGACUGGACCGCCAUCGCUGCCACGCUCGCAUCCUCGUCAUCACCAAUGUCCGCCUCACUCGCGAAGCCGCUGCUUGCCAGCGUCGGCGAGCGCGAUCCGGAGCGCCUCCACGAGCUGCUACGCUGCUUCGCGCUGCUGCUCGAGAAGGAGAAGGCCGACGUGUGGGAGGGCGGUCGAGACUCGGAGCGUGCAGCCGUCGCACUCAGCGGCUUGCUCAGCAACACGGCGCUCCUGACGCUCCUCGAGCGCGAGCACAACGACGCAACGCCGCACGCCGCUCUCGCUUGGACGAUGCCGCUGCUCGCCUCGCUCCGCGGUCUGCCUGUCAGCAGCCGCUCCGGCGACGUCGCUGGCGGCGCUCUCGAUGCGCAUGACGAGGCGUUGCGUCGCAUCGUCAACUUCUGCCUCGAGCGCUGCCAGGCCGGCCACGUAGACGACGAGACUCGCUUGCGCGGUGCUGCAGAAGGCAUCGCCAUCCUGCGCACGACACUGCAGAGCGACGAAGCAGACGCAGCACUGCGUGUCUCGAGCCUGUACGCCUCGACGAUCGCAUCGCUUGCGCUGCGCGGCCGUCUGCCCGCUCGCUCCUCGCUUCUGCCAUCGACGGCACCUGCGCGCGCUGCUGCACUGCAGCUGAUGAGCGAGAUCUACGCUUCCGACGCCGCACGUCUUGAAGAGGCUUUCUGCGAGCUCAGCACUCUCACGCGCGCGCAUAACAAGGCGUGGAGUGCUCGUCGUCGUCGAAGCAAGCGCAGCGACGGCUCCGAGACGGUGCACAACCCCGACGGGCAGCGCACGGAAGACGUCUACGUCGCAGCCGCUGCCGGGCCGUGGCCCAGCCCGGUGCUGUGCCCGGAGAUGUGGAACGAAGGAAAGGCGGCUUUCAACGAGGAUGCCAGCCUCUUCCUCGAACCACUCGCUCGUCUAUCCGUCUUCGUCGAACCGACGCUCUCUACGCACAUGCUGCCCGAGACGAAGGGGAGCGCUGGCUUCGCGUCGUAUCGCAGCGCGCUCAAGGCCAGCAUCCUCUCGCUGUCGCGCGCCCUGCGGACUCAGCGAAGCGCGCUCUCUUCGGCGCUCGUCGCCGUCGGCGAUGCAGGGCGCGAGUCUGCCCUGCAGAGCCUCUGCGUCGAGCACACCGCUGCGCUCAUCACGGCGAUCCUCUCGCCCGAGCAAGACGUGCACCGUGCUGCGCUCAACGUCGUGCGCGCCACCUUCGACGAAGCGUCGACUCGCGCCGACUGCUUCAUGGCGCUGCUGCGCUCAAGUCCGGCACGCGCGCUCGAGGGACUGCAGGAUUACCUCACGCGCUUCGUCGCCGCGCUCUCGCUGCUCGUCGAGGCAAACGAGGCCGCACGCUGGAUGGUGCGCUCCUUCACGGACAUCAUCGACGCGCUCUGCUCGCCGCUCGAAGGCCUGCUGCGCAAUGGCACGCCGCACUCGUACCUCGACUCGUCCGCCGCGCGCGAUGCAAUCGGCCGUCACGUCCCCUCUAUAUGGACGCUGAUGUGCCAGAGCAUUGCCUCGAUCUUCAAGCACACGCCGAGCUGGAGCCGUGUGCUUGCGCAGGAGGAACUCGUCGCCUGGUUCCGUGACGUGCUGCUCUUCGCCUGCGACACGGUCGAGCACGCUGCGACGAUCCGCGCUGCCGUCGAGAGCCUGCCGGAGCACGACGACGACGAGGAGGACUUCAUCUUCGCUGCCCUCGCUUUCCCGCUCGAGGAGGCAUGCAACUGGCUGCGCAUGAACAACGAGGCGAUCCUCAGCGAGACGCGCGCCUACAUCGUCAAGGCGCUCGACCGCUUCAAGGACGACGUGCCGCUGCCGAAGACGGUGCAGCAGAACAUGCUCGGCUUCAUCGAUGCGCAGCUCGCUGAGCCCGACGCGGACCGGCGCAAGACGCUGCUCAGCACGACGGAGCUGCAGGAGCUGCGCGGCCUGCUCAUCCCGGCCGGCAGCGUCGUCGAGAUCUCAGACGACGAGGACGACUUCCAGAUUGUCACGCCGCCCGCUCAGUCGGCUCCGUCAUCCGUUGCUCGCUCUGCGGACCACAAGGACUCGCCGACGACAGUCUCGAGCUUCUGGCAAGCGAGCCAGAGCGCUGCGCUGUCUGCAUCGCAGGAGCGUAAGCGGCGCAUGAAGCAGCAGAAGCUCUCGUGGGCAAAGGCGAAGCCCAUCGACGUCGACGCUCUGCCGACGCCGCCGUCUCGUCCUGCUGCGCCCGCUGCGCCUCGUCCGUCGGCGAACAAGUACCAGCCAGCCGGUGCACGUGCUGCCGCGCCGAAGGCCAGCGGCGGCCUGCUCUCGACGAUGCGCCACGACUUUGCCGCGCAGCGGCAGGUCAUCUUCCGGCCGAACAACGUCAACCAGCGCCCGCGCCUGCCGUCGGACCGCGAUCUCGCUGCGCCCAUCAAGGCGCCCGCCGCGUACAGCACCGUCACUGGCGCUCAGCCGGAGGGUGGCCUGCGCAAAGCGACGACAGCAGCUCCUGCCAGCGACUCGACGAGCGAGUCGAGCUCUGACGACGAGGAAGAUGGCGAUCAGGCAAAGGGCCUCGCUGCGCUCACCGGGCGCAAGGCCAAGUCGCCGAUCAAGAUGCGCAGGGCUGCUGCUGUCACUGCUGCAGCCCCUCCUCGUCGCACAAUGAUGCUCCACGACACGCGCGCCGAGGAUCUCGCACGCGAGCGAGCCGAGGCAGAGCGGAAGCGUCGUCUCCGUGCGCCAGCCGACUUUGGCCAGCUGCACCGCUCGAUCCUCUCGUGGCCCUUCCACGUCGACGGCGAGGAGCCUCCGACGCUGCCAGGGCAGCCUCCAGCGCGCUUUCUGCCAGUGCCGGCUGCCGGCUUCACAUCGGCGGAGCAGUACGCCAAUGUCUUCGGGCCCAUGCUGCUCCUCGAGUCGUGGGCAGAGCUGCAGAACGCCAAGGAGGAGAUUGCGCGCGGCGCACCGGAGAAGCGGCCCAUCAACGUCGAGAUUGUCAGCCGCUCUUCGGUCGACGGCUUCAUCGACCUCACUGCGAGCCUGCCCGCCGGCCUCAUCAGCAGCGGUCCGAAGGGCUUCCGCCUGAUGGACACCGACGUCGUCUACCUGAGCGAGCUUGCCGGCGCUUCCGCGGUCGCACCGCAGCAGGCGCGCACCGUGCUUGCCAAGGUCGAGGCCUUCCGCUCCGGCCACGGCAACAGCGGCGUCACUCUGCGCUGCUGCAUCGCUUCGGAUCGUCAGGGAGUCGGCUCUGCGCUCGUGCCCGGCUCACGCUGGCAGCUCGGCAAGCUCUUCGCCCUCACGACGCUGCACCGCGAGUGCGCCGCGCUUAUGGCCUUUGCCGACUUCGAUCUCGUCGGCGACGUGCUGCACGGCCGCGCUGCGUCACGCUCUCCGAUCCCGAACGCCGACAUCGAGGCCGUCAUGGCGCAGCACGCCGUCAACAGGCCGCAGGCCGAGGCAAUCAUCGGCGCCAUGAGCUCGGAGAAGGGCAUCUCGCUCAUCCAGGGCCCGCCGGGCACCGGCAAGACGAAGACGAUCUGCAGCCUCGUCGCGCACUUCAUCGCGACACGCCGUGCGCCUGCGACAUCGGUGCAGGCUGGCCGUGCCGGCGUGCGCGAGCCGAAGAGGAAGAUCCUGCUCUGCGCUCCGUCAAACGCCGCCAUCGACGAGGUUGCUCGACGCGCGCAGCAGGGCUUCCGCAGCCGCGACGGCAAGAUCGUCAAGCCCGUUGUCGUGCGCGUCGGCCGCGAGGAGACAAUGAACGUCGGCGUCAAGCACAUCUCGCUCGACGCACUGCUCGAGGCGCGCCUCGCUGCGCACAGCACGUCGGGUGAGACCGGCGCGCCGCAGGAUCCCUCCGUCAUCCACGCCGAGAUCAAGUCUCUGCGCGACGAGAAGGAGGCGAAGCUGCACGAGCUCGAGACGGAGCGCGCCAACGGCGGCGGCAACGCAGCGCGCAUCGGGCAGCUGCAGGCCGAGGUCAAGAACCUGUCUGCCCGACGCAUGGCUGCGAUGAGCCGCCUCGACGAGGCAAAGGAUCAGCGCCAGACGCGCGCGCGCCAGGCCGAGGCCGACCGUCGCCGCGUGCAGUACGAGAUCCUCGCCGACGCCGACGUCGUCUGCACGACGCUUGCAGGCGCCGGCCAUCCGCUGCUCGGGCAGCUGCCCUUCGACUUUGAGACCGUCGUCAUCGACGAAGCGGCGCAGGCGGUGGAGCUGAGCUCGCUCAUCCCGCUGCGCUACGGCUGCCGGCGCGCCAUCCUCGUCGGCGAUCCGAAUCAGCUGCCGCCGACAGUCAUCUCGCAGCGCGCGCAGCGCCUCAAGUACGCGCAGUCGCUCUUCGUGCGCAUCUUCGAGGCGGCGAGCAGCUCGGUGUACCUGCUCAGCAUCCAGUACCGGAUGCACCCGCUCAUCUCGUCGUUUCCCUCGCGCGUCUUCUACGACUCGAAGCUCAGCGACGGGCCCGGCAUGGCCGAGCUCACGGCGCAGCCAUGGCAUAAGGAGACGCUGCUCAAGCCCUUCCGCUUCUUCGACGCGUACCGUGGCGCAGAGCGCUCGGCGCGCGGACACUCCGUCGUCAACAGCGAGGAGGCGCAGAUUGCAGCUGCGCUCUACGAGCGGCUGAAGGCCGAAGCGCGUCGCUACAGCAAGGACCUCGACUACCGCGUCGGCGUCGUGACGAUGUACAAGGAGCAGGUCUUCGAGCUCAAGCGCACGUUCCUCGCACGCUUCGGCCCUGACGUCACGGACGUCGUCGACUUCAACACCGUCGACGGCUUCCAGGGCCAGGAGAAGGACGUCAUCAUCCUCUCUGCCGUGCGCACGAAUGCCGUCGGCUUCCUCAGCGACCGGCGCCGCGUCAACGUCGCUCUCACGCGCGCAAAGAGCAACGUCUUCGUCAUCGGCUGCGCAAAGCUGCUGCGCACCGACGCGCUCUGGGGCACGCUCGUCUCGCACGCCGACCAGUUGGGCGUGCUCUCAUCGGUUGUGCCGACGACGUUCAGCAUGCUCGCUGCGCAGGCCGCGCCGCGCAAGAGCCUGCCGAGCACCUCUGCCUCGCCUGCGCCUCGCAAGAGCGCCACAGCUGCAGCAGCAGCUGUGCCGACGAGCGCAGGCGCCAUGACGCCGGCGCAGCUUCGCAAGCAGACGCCGGCCUCGAGCAAAGCGUCGCCUGCAGGUGUCAAGCGCUCGCGCCCUCCGUCGCCUUCCGGCACGCCGCCGGUCAUUCCCGCUCCGCCUCCGCCGCCGUCGGCGUCGGUCCCGCCCGGCCCUGCUCCAGGCCCGCCUCCGAAGCGCCCGCGCAUCGACGCUGCGCCGGUACGGCCAUCGCAGCCGCCUGCGCAGUACGCGCAGCAGCAGUCGGCGCAGCAGCAGUCGCAUGCACAGCGCCUGCAGCAGUGGAAGGCGCGCAACGUCGACACGUCUCGUCCUUCUGCGCCGCCCGUCAUCCGCUCUGCAAACCCGACGCCGCCGCCGCUCUCGAAGAACCAGCAGAAGCGCGAGCGUCGCGCCCAGCAGCAGGCGCAGCAGCAGCAACAGCAGCAGCAGUACCGGCCGCCGGCGCAGCAGCAGCAGCAGCAGGCAGGACCGUCACGUCCCGCCGUCGCCCCUGCUGCUGCUGCUUCUCGCCCUGCCGGUCCAAGCGCUGCUGCGCUUGGCAGCCUCUUCGUCAAAAAGAAGCCUCCUCCGAAACGGAAGCCUGGCGCGCCCUGACAAGCGCGCAUCCUCCAUCCCUGUAUCUCUCUCUCUCUCUCUUGCGCUCGUCAUCAUCAUCAUUCUCUGCCGCGUACUCACAUCAUUCAUGUCUCGCUGUGGCGUCCCCUUCAUCAAGCGCUCGAUAAUGCAACAUCGUCCCUUUCAUUCUCCUUUUCCUUCUUCGCUCUCGUCGCGCCAUCGCACCCACACCUGAUCCCCGACGCGCACCUCGCCCGUCGACUCCGGCACGGCGUACACGCCAAAGCACGGGCCCUCGCGCUUGCCGGGCGUCUUGAGGCGCAUUCGG